ACUCGAGAUUGUAGAGAGAGAGAGAGAGAGGGAUUUGAUACCGUGCUUUCUCCGGCCAUCGCGUAAGAUGGGCCAAGACGGCAUUUUGUCAGCUCAGAAGAGAGCCGGAGCUCUGCCCACCACCGCCGCCGCAGGCGCAGAGGUCGCCGUGAAUGGGGACGCUAGAAGCCGAGCUGGAACUCAGGUCCCAAGGGGGCGGCAGAUCCAGCGCACCUUCAACAAUAUCAAGAUCACAAUCCUUUGCGGCUUCGUCACCAUUCUCGUCCUCCGAGGAACAAUCGGAGUCAGCAAUCUAGCUUCGACGGAGGCUGACCUAGAGAACACGAACCUGAUCGACGAGACUAAUCGGAUCCUGGACGAGAUCCGUUCUGAUAAGGAUCCAGACGACCAGGUGGAAAGCUUCCUCAGCCCGAACGAGACCUACUCGUUUGGUCCCACAAUCACUGGAUGGGAUGAACAACGGAAGGUAUGGUUUCAGAGAAAUCCCGGAUUCCCUAACCUGUUGAAUGGAAAACCUCGAGUUUUGCUUGUUACUGGGUCUCCUCCAACCCCGUGUGAAAACCCUGUUGGGGAUCAUUACUUGUUGAAAGGCCUGAAGAACAAAAUUGACUACUGUAGGAUACAUGGGAUUGAGAUUGUGUAUCAUUCAGCUGAUAUGGAUAGGGAAAUGACAGGGAACUGGGCCAAACUGCCUCUGAUUAGGAGGCUCAUCCUUUCUCAUCCUGAAGUCGAGUGGGUUUGGUGGAUGGACAACGAUGCUUUCUUCACUGAUAUGGGUUUUGAGAUCCCGCUGUCCAAAUAUAAUAAUCAUAACCUUGUUAUUCAUGGGUACCAUGAUUUGAUCUUCGACCAGAAGUCCUGGACUGCAUUGAGUACAGGUAGUUUUCUCAUCAGGAAUUGCCAGUGGACACUAGAUUUUUUGGAUGCUUGGGCUCCAAUGGGACCUAAAGGGCCUAUUCGUGAAGAGGCUGGUAAGAUUCUAACUGCAAAUCUAAAGGGCAGACCAGCAAUUGAAGCCGAUGAUCAAUCUGCCCUGAUAUAUUUGCUUUUGUUGAAGAAAGAUCAGUGGAUGGACAAAGUGUUUCUUGAGAACUCAUAUUAUUUGCAUGGGUACUGGGUAGGAUUAGUGGACAUGUACGAGGAGGUAAUGAAUAAGUACCAUCCGGGAUUUGGUGAUGACAGAUGGCCAUUUGUUACUCAUUUUGUUGGGUGCAAGGCCUGCGGGAGCUUUGGAGAUUUCCCUGUUGAGAAAUGUGUGAAAAGCAUGGAAAGAGCUUUCAAUUUUGCUGAUAAUCAAGUUCUUAAGCUGUACGGGUUUAAGCAUAGGGGCUUGUUGAGCCCUAACAUUAAGAGGAUCCGGAAUGAAACUACUACUCCGCUGCAAAAUGUAGAUAAGUAUGAUUUUCGACAUGCAAAACUUGAGAGCUAAGACCACACCAUCAUCAAGAGCAAAAACCUAUAGUGUAUAUAUAUGGCUCUUUUCCACACGUCGUGCCGAUCAUCAAGACAUUUCGGACCCUUUGGCGCGAGGGCCAACUUGUCCUCUUGUUGUUGUACCUGUUCUUGAAACAUCCUGAUUUAUAGUGCAGUUCUCAUCCUUUUUUCGUUGUGCCCGGUAGAAGAAGUUUGAGUUCAGCUGCUUUUCUCAGAUUCUCUCAUCUUCAAAGGAAUUUUCCCACUCUCUUAUCUUCAAAGGAAGUUGUUCGCACAUAAUAUUGAUCAUUAUCGAAGCUUUUGAAUCGAAUGGAUUACACUUGAUCUCGGUUGUUGUCGUUACAUUACAAAGAAUGUGGUGAUUACUUUCAUGUUUCGUUCCCAUGCGAGGGAUGUCGACACCAAUGCGAAAAUUUUCAAUUUCUUGAUUUAUUUCAUUUGCCUAAAUCUUCAUAGCAGUUUCAAGUUUCUACCCAUAUUACUUAACUAGCUGGGGACGCACUAAUUGCGUUGGUACCCUGUAUGGAGCAACAGUUUUUUUUACAUCCACAAGAGUGCAAGAGGAGCUUUUCACCGGAUCUGAUCUGAGUUGCAUUUAAAGCUGUUUCCGAUCUAGUAUCUGUCUGAUUUCAAUAAAAAGUAGUCUAAGUA